AUGGCCCCGCGAUCAACACCAAUGCCGGCUCCUGCGUUUCGGCCGCGUAGCAGCUCUGGCACAAAUCUGGUCUCCCGGAAGCCCGAAUACGAUAAGCGCAAGUCGCGCGAUGAUCUCUACCUGAUGACCAUGACUUCCCAGAAACAAAGUUUCAAGCCCUUUCACGUCCCGAUCCGAAGCACCUCCCCCACCCACGACUCUGGUCCUCUCUCCAACAGAAACCCCCCAGCUGGCCCUGGAGUUUCAUCCAACUCAACCUCAAGUCAUCCAGUUCACCCAGGAGGUCAAGAUCCUGUCGCCAUCGGUAUGGCCCUGGGAAGUCCAGCUCACCCUCACGCUGGGCACUCGCUAUCGCCCAUGAAUGCCAGAAGACCAUCACAGCCUGGAUAUAAGCAGUCACCACUAGGACACAGCAAGUCGCCCCUCAGUCACCUCCAGUCGCCUAUGGGAUCUACGAGAUCGUCGCCAACGCCCCGACUCGAAAAUGGCCAGACCCCAGCACUGACAUCGUCCCUCUCAGCGUGGACGCCGGGCUCAACUCCAGCUUCGGCGCAAGCACCAAUAAUCGAAGUUCAGGAACACAUGGACGACCCUUCAAAGGCCAAAGGGAAAAAAUGGGGUAUUUUCCGAUCAAAAUCUAAGAGAGGGAACAACUACCCACAUCCUCUCAACCAUGCCGCCACUGCUCCCGUCGGCACAGGGGCCUUCGAUGCUAUGAAGCCUGGAGCUUCGACACAUAUGGGCCCCAAAGUGUCUCCAGCAAAAAACCCACAGCCCGUCAAGCCGUCACCUGGCCCAGUUGUACAUGAAUUGAGCGGAUCCCCAAUCAAAACCCGGGACGCCAAUAGUUUUUCACCUGCUAGGAUUGGAAGUGAGGCAAAGAUAUCACCGGGCAAAGUUGCGGAUGAGAAGAGGACAUCCCCCGUCAAGACAAGGUCAGACAAGACCCCGGUUCCGGCACCCUCGCAACGAAAACAUCCCCUAGCCUCCAGGUUCCAAGGAUUCACCCCGGAAAUGGAGUCGAAGCCGACCUUUGGGACUUCACCCAGGAAUUCUGGCGGGUCCCCAGCUCCAGAUGUGAACAAGCCGCUUCCUCAACCCAUCAAAGACGUGGCACGGGGCGUGAUCACUCCCCCUGCAUCAACGGCAUCCUCGAAUUCCAGCACCCCUAAGAAAGAAACGACCUCACCAGUCAUGGAGAGGCCACACGCGGCGGAGGCUAAGAGGCCCGACGAAGACGAUGUCCACGACGAGCGUGCCCUCAGAGAGGCCGUCAAGGCCUCGAUCACACGGCAAAUCAGCCUCUCCCGCGAGCAGCGAGAUAUGCUCAAGCCAUAUCACAGCCAAGGCUACAAGAACUCGAGUCCUCCCAAGGCCAAACCCCUCACCAUCCAGGAGAUCGCCACCGGGAAGCACGAACGAGUCGUCGAAACCAAGAAGGCGACACCAGUCAUCAUCACCCCCGGCCCCGAGCCGGAGGAUGCCAGCUAUUUCUACCGAAACAGGAAGAGCGAGCUCGUUAUCCUUGAAGGAGCAUAA